CAUUGACAAUAUUUGACGUCUUGCUUCGAGUUUCCUAUUUUUCCAAUUCACGUUUUUAGUACAUUUUUUUCGAAAAUGGAGUUGAUUGACACUGAUAUCAGACCAUGGAGUGCCGAGGAAGUAAAAGAACAGUUCGGAGACAGCCUGAGUCUCCUUCCUUCCAACGACAACAUCAAAGAACUGCAAACUAUCUUGAGGGAUAAAAACACAACACGAAGUGAUUUCAAGUUCUAUGCUGACCGUCUAAUUCGUCUUGUUAUUGAGGAAAGUUUAAACAACUUGCCCUUCACUGAUUGCGAAGUGGUCACUCCAACAGGUGCACUUUACAAAGGACUUAAAUAUGGUGCAGGAAACUGCGGAGUAUCUAUAGUGAGAUCCGGGGAGGCCAUGGAACAAGGUCUACGGGACUGUUGCCGAUCAAUUCGCAUUGGUAAGAUCCUUGUAGAGAGUGACACAGACACGCAUGAGGCGCACGUCGUGUACGCCAAGUUCCCGGAGGACAUUGCACGUCGACAGGUUCUUCUCAUGUAUCCCAUCAUGUCUACUGGCAACACUGUCAAACAGGCAGUAAACGUUUUAACACAACACGGUGUUAAAGAAGAACGUAUUAUCCUCUCGAAUCUGUUCUGCACUCCGGCGGCCGCGCAAGCAGUCGUGGAAUACGUACCCCGUCUAAAGAUCCUCACCUCCGAGCUGCAUCCUGUAGCACCCAACCACUUUGGGCAGAAGUAUUUUGGUACCGACUGAUAUGAGGAUGAUAGUUCCUAGUUUGGACAUGUUCGAAGAUUUUAUUUGACAUGGUAUGUUACUUCUAACAUUGAAGAAUAUGAGAGAUAUAAUAUUGAUGCAAUUUGUUUAUGUAUGUUUUCUUGGAUAUACAGUAUGUUCUUCAAAUUUGUAGAUAUUUAUACCUAUAGGUAAGAGACAAUUCUAUAGUUAUAUAA